ACGGCCGCCCACCCUCUCGGGAACAUAAAACGAGCCCCCCCAGAAAGUAAGCACAACCCACCGGAGUCCCGUCUCUCGUGAUGGCAGGAUCGGCGGUGCCCUUGUUCGUCCCGCUGGCGCUGUCACUGCUGCACACCUGUGCCGCCCUGCCCCUGUACGUCCUGACAGCUCCAAAUGUCCUAAGGGUGGAAAGUGAGGAGAACAUCGUUCUCGAAGCGCAUGACUUUGCUGGUGUCAUCAAUGCAGAAAUUCGAGUUUUAGACUUUCUAUCCAAAAGGCAGACCCUGUACCCGACUGAUGGCACAGAUAACAAAGUGCAGCUGAAUGCCAGCAAUCAGUACCAUGUGACCAAAGCGGUCAAGAUUUCUUCCACGCACUUCAAGACCAACUCCCGUGGCAAUCACUUUGUCUACCUGCAGGCCAUAUCCCAGCUCUUUAACCUGGAGAAGGUCAUCGUGGUGUCCUCUCACCCGGGUUAUAUGUUUAUACAGACAGACAAACCCGUCUACUUCCCAAGAGACAAAGUUCUCUACAGGGUCUUUUCUAUGACACAUCAGAUGACUCCAUACUCAAAGCACAUCUUUGUGGAAGUGAUGGACCCUGAUGGGCUCAUCGUUUACCGUUUACAGUCCCUGUUAAACUAUGGCGCGUAUCAACUGCCUCAAAUUGUGAAGGUUGGUGUCUGGAAGUUGGUUGCAAAAUUUGUAGAGAUAACCCAGAAGAACUACACAACUGAGUUUGAAGUGAAGGAAUACGUCCUGCCAAGUUUUGAAGUAAAACUGAAACCCAGCCAGCCAUUCUUCUGUGUUGAUGACCUCGAGCUCUCUGUUGACGUCACUGCCACGUACUUUCAUGGAAACAAAGAAGUCAAAGGAUAUGCAUACGUCAUGUUUGGGCUGUUGGUGGACGACGAGAAGAGAAGCCUCCCAGACUCCCUGCAGAGUAUUGAAAUUGAAGAUGGAAGAGGAACAGCUCGACUCACGAGACAGCAGAUUCUAAGGGUCUUCCCAGACAUCAACCGGCUUAUCGAUCAGUCAAUUUACGUCUCGGCCACCGUCUUGACGCCUUCUGGCAGUGACAAGGUGGAGGCAGAAAUAAGAGGAAUAAAGGUCGUCACAUCCCCCUAUAAAGUUCUCUUCACCAGGACACCCAAGUACUUCAUGCCAGGAUUCCCUUUUCAUGUGAUGGUUCUGGUAACAAAUCCUGAUGGAUCUCCUGCAAGCAAUGUUGAUUUGGAAGGUCAACCCGGUAACAUUCUUGUAAGAACAAACAGAGACGGAACAGCAAUAAUGAUCUUCAAUACUGUCCAGGAUAGAAGAAAUCUCGUUGUGACCGUAAGAACAAAAAGCCUUCUGCUUGCUGAGUCUCGCCAGGCUGAAGGGAGAAUGGAGGCCGUGCCGUACCAAACGCAGUCAAAUUCGAGCAAUUACCUGCAUAUCUACAUCUCGUCUGCACAAAUAUCUGCGGGUUCAUCUCUCCAGAUCAACUUGAACAUCCAAACCAACGACGUAUUAACGCAGGAGACAAUCAAAUACAUUUCUUAUCUGAUAACCAACAAGGGGAGUCUCAUCAAAGCUGGCAGGCAGCAGAGGCCGAGAGGGCAGACAUUCAUUUCAAUGUGGCUGCCCAUCGAGCGGCAGAUGAUCCCGUCUUUCCGCUUUGUGGCUUAUUACUAUGUGACUACUGGUGGUACAACAGAAAUUGUGUCCGACUCGGUCUGGGUGGACGUGGAGGACUCCUGCAUUGGCACUCUUCAAGUAACACCAGGGCGAGGUGGACCAACUUACAGCCCUGGCAGACAGUUUAGUUUCAAACUAAGAGGAGACCCUGGUGCCAGGGUGGAGCUGAUGGCUGUGAAUAAGGCCAUGUUUGCUUUGAACAACAAAAACAAACUGACACAGACAAAGAUCUGGGAUCUCCUUGAGAAGAACGACAUUGGCUGCACUCCAGGAAGAGGACAAAACAACAUGGGUGUGUUUUCGGAUGCUGGCCUCAUCUUUGUGUCGAACGUGAACAUUGGCACGCCAUUUAGGGAAGAUCCCGAGUGCCCAGUUCCCCCAAAAAGAAUUCGGCGCUCAGUUCCUGGAAGGUCAAGGAGGGGUGAUGAUGAUGAUUUGUAUGAAGAGAUUAUUUCCACAACAGAAUUCCCUGAAAGUUGGAUGUGGUACGUCGAGAUGUUACCAGCUACUGGAGCAGACAACGAUGGUUUGGUUGUAAAAGAAGUAAGAAUGUUCCUGAAAGACUCCGUCACAACUUGGGAGAUCCUGGCUGUCAGCUUAUCUUCAAAGGGUAUCUGUGUGGCAGAUCCUUAUGAAAUCACCGUAAAGAAAGAUUUCUUUAUCGACCUGCGGCUGCCAUACUCUGUGGUCUAAAAUGAGCAGGUAGAGAUCAAGGCCGUGCUCUAUAACUAUUAUGAGGAGGACAUUGAGGUCCGUGUGGAGUGGACGACUAAUAAGCAGCUCUGCAGCAAGGCCAUCAAAAACAAACACUCUGAGACUGUGAGCAUUACCAGGCAAUCAUCUCAAGCUGUGUCAUUCAUCAUCAUCCCUCUGAGGCUGGGAAGAACUGUCAUUGAAGUUAAGGCAUUUGGGAGAGCUUAUGGGGAGUUUGUGGCUGAUGGUGUGAAGAAACAGCUGAACGUGGUGCCAGAAGGAAUGCAGGUAAAGAAGAUAAACAGGAUAGUUGUCCUGGAUCCAUCCAAAUCAGGUGGAGUCCAAACGGAAUUCAUUCCCAAAAUGGAUGUGCAGUCUGCAGUGCCCAACACUGAGAGGUGGACGUUGAUCACCAUAGCAGGCGACGCUGUCCAGACAGAAACCCCCGAAAACGCCAUUAAUGCCAGCCGUUUGAUUCACUUGAUCCGCAGAGGAUAUGGAACUGCAGAAACGACCAUGAUGGCAAUGACAGCAACUGUUAUUGUCACUCAUUAUCUGGACAAGAGCAACCAGUGGGAUCGAGUGGGUGUAAGACGGCGAGCUGAGGCCAUCGAUUACAUAACAGUAGAUUACAUCCGGGAGUUGAGUUUCCGCAAGGCAGACGGCUCAUUUGGUUUACUCAUCACAUAUCCUUCAAGCACCUGGUUGACAGCCCAUGUGGUAAAGGUGUUCACCAUGGCCUACACUAUGAUAUCAGUGGACGAGACGGUGAUCUGUAGCGCCCUCAGGUGGCUGAUUAUUAACAAGCAGUUCCCUGAUGGAUUCUUCAAGGAGGACUCCCCCACGGUUCAUGGAGAGAUGGUGGGAGGACAGCGGAACUCAGAAUCGGUUGUGACUCUCACAGCUUUUGUUCUCAUUGCCUUGGCAGAAUCCAGAGAACUCUGCAGAAGUCAAGUCCCGGCAUUGGAAGCGAGCAUAGAAAAGGCAGCCACAUUCCUGAAUCGGCGUCUUCCAACACUACAAAAGCCCUACACGGUGGCGAUCUCCUCGUACGCACUGGCCUUAUGUGGCAGGAUCCUUCACGAUUCUGUGUUAAUGACAUCUGCCUCGCCAGAUGGAACCCAUUGGGAUGGAGGCUCUUAUCUCUUCACUCUUGAAGCCACUGGCUACGCUCUUCUGGCCUCUGUGAAAACUGCCCACUUUGACCGAGCUGGCAAGAUUGUGAGAUGGCUGACAGGACAAGAGUUUUAUGGGACUGGAUAUGGCACAACUCAGGCCAACAUCAUCGUGUUUCAAGCAAUUACAGAAUACCUGACUACAGUGCAAGGCCAGCAGGAGAUUGACCUGGAUGUUGAGCUGAGCACGACUGAACUCAACAGGCCUUUUAGGUGGAGAAUCAACAUGGAGACUGCCCACCUUUCAAGAUCGGCUGUGGUGAACAUUGGCCAGGACAUCUUGGUGAAUGCUAAAGGGAGAGGCCAGAGAACACUGUCAGUGAUGGUUAUCUACUACGCUUUGAAGGAACCAGAAAAGACCACAUGCAAGAAGUUUGAUCUGGAAGUGACGAUGACAGAAGUGUCAAGUGUGCAGGCACCGGUAGGAGCUUUACAAACAUUCAGCCUCACCAUCAGUACAAAGUAUCACGGUGAAAGAGAUGCUACAAUGUCCGUUCUUGACAUCUCCAUGCUGACAGGCUUCAUCGUUGACCAAACCGACCUCCAAAAGUUGGCAUCUGCAGCGGACAGAAACAUUCAGAAGGUGGAGGUGGACAAGGUCCUUUCUAACAAAGCAUCUCUUAUCCUGUACCUGGAUAAGGUGUCAAACAAGCAUUCGGAAGUCAUCUCCAUUAAAGUCCAUAAGAUGUUUAAGGUGGGCUUCAUUCAGCCAGCUGCAGUCACCAUCUACGAGUACUACGAUUCAGAUAAACGCUGCCAGAGAUUCUAUAAUCCGGAGGAAAAAAGUGCGCUUCUUAGCAAAAUCUGCUACAGAGAUGUGUGCAAAUGUGCAGAAGAGCACUGCAGCCUGGUGGAGCAGAACGAGGCGGUGCUGAAGAAGGAGGACAGGCUGAGUGUGGUCUGCGAGGCCGGAGUCCAUUGGGCAUACCAAGCUCGGCUCUUGGAAGUCACGGAAAAGUCCAACUACGUUUUAUACAACAUGGAAAUUGUGAAGGUUAUCCUUGCAGCAGACUUGGAGCAGCCUGAAGGACAGAAGCGACAUUUCUUCUCUCCAAGUUCCUGCAAGAAAACCUUGAAUCUUGAAACCAAUAAAGAUUACCUGAUAACAGGACAUAUGGAGGACUGGUGGCAUUCGUCUAAAGAGAUUUAUUACUUCAUUGGCUCAGACACGUGGAUUGAGUGGUGGCCAUCAGCCCAAGACUGUCAGGACCCCAGAUACAAGAAGACCUGCGAAGACAUUAAGAUUUUAGUUGAUGGCCUCACCGCUGGAUGCCAAUCUUAAGCCGUCUUCUUCAGGAUCACCACACGUUUUGAGUCUCUGAUGAUUUUUCUGCUUGGCUCAUUUCAGGUGGUCCAGAAGGUGGUCUUCGUUUCUCACCAUUUCCAUACUUUAUUUUCCUUUGUGUGUUUCUCCUGCACGUGACGUUUCACAGAAUAAACCAUAAACUGGGAGGUCAAAGAAAAGGCUUGAAUUUUAAGGAGAUCUGCCAUUAAAAAAUGGGAAACUACCUGCCCUCGCGCAGAGUCCCGCCUUCAUGACAUCAGAGGCUGCGUCUAAAGCUGAUUGGCCGAAGGUGAAUGACAGUCCUGGAACGCCGUCUCAGCCCCGCCUCCUUACUUAGCGUGGCUAUGAAGAGCGAAGCCACCAGAGGGAGCUGUGAGGACGGGCCUUGCACUCGGCUCUUCACUGCGCUGGAGUCGGACUCUGUGCGGUGUUAUUGAUAGGAUUUACGCGUUUGGCCAGCGUCACGCUCCCUGUCUUUGACCCAAGGUGUGCCCAGCAGGUUUUAAAGUCCAUUUAAAAGCAUUUCAGAGUUUCAUCCUCCCACCUUUCUUCUGGAUUCAGUGGUUGGGCUUUGCUUUUGGCUUUUUCUUUAGGAGAUCUUCAGUUACGUGUCAAUUCUGUGUUUGAUUUCUCGUUUUCUUCUUGUUUUCUUUUGCUUCUGUUCAAUGUGUUAUUACGUCCCUCAUAUUGUGAUCACUUAUUGUUUGUUUAAUUGUUUUAAUUUUCUUUAUUAAACAAAUAAAAUCGAGUAUCCAUUUGUGGCUUUGA